GGACUUGAAAACGAAUAAUUUUUGUAUGAAAAUAUAAUCAUAUCAUAAAAAUUUUUACCGAUUUGUAUAUAAAUACGUACACCUCGCCAAAAUAAUUAGUAACCAGCGGUUUUUAUUAACGUUUGGUGUACGCAAAAACGUGGCCGACAACCAACACACAGAAUGCCACCCUAUGUGUCCCACGUUACCGGCGUUCUUGACGAAAAUGACGAAGAAGUCUCUACCAAAAAUAUCCUACCAGAAGUAACAAAACCCGAAAACCGAAAAUUACAACUCGUUUGGAGAAACAUUAUACUGUUUGCAUACUUAUAUCUGGCAUCAUUCUAUGGAUUAUACUUGAUGUUUACCUCAGCCAAGUUAGCAACUUCGAUUUUUGCUUAUUUUCUCUAUCAACUGGGAGGUUUCGGAAUCACGGCUGGAGCCCACCGUUUGUGGGCCCAUCGCUCUUUCAAAGCCAAAUGGCCCUUGCGUCUCCUCCUUGCCUUUUGCAACACUUUGGCCUUCGAGGACUCGGUCAUCGACUGGUCUCGAGACCACCGCGUCCACCACAAAUUCUCCGAAACCGAUGCCGACCCUUACAAUGCCAAACGCGGCUUUUUUUUCUCACACAUCGGGUGGCUUUUAUGCCGAAAACACCCCCAAGUCAAGGAAAAGGGCAAACAAAUCGACCUGUCCGACUUAUACCAAGACCCGAUUUUGCGUUACCAGAAAAAAUACUACUUGUUUGUAAUGCCAGUUAUCUGUUUUGUUCUACCAACCGCUGCACCAAUGUAUUUCUGGGGCGAAAGUUUCAAAAAUGCGUUUUUUGUUAAUCUUUUUAGGUAUUGUUUUACUUUGAAUUCGACGUGGUUGGUUAAUUCCGCUGCUCAUUUAUGGGGAAGUAAACCCUAUGAUAAGUUUAUUAACCCGGCGGAAAAUUUCGCCGUUUCGGUACUGGCUUUAGGCGAAGGAUGGCAUAAUUUUCAUCAUACUUUUCCAUGGGAUUAUAAGGCUUCAGAGUUGGGGAAAUAUAGUGUGAAUUUUUCGUCGGCUUUUAUUGAUUUUUUUGCCAAAAUUGGAUGGGCUUAUGAUUUGAAAACUGUCUCGGAGGAUUUGGUCAAGAAGAGGGUUUUGAGAACUGGUGAUGGGUCGCACCAUGUUUGGGGAUGGGGUGAUAUGGACCAAGCGUUGGAGGAUUAUGAAGGGGCGAUUAUCAAGCACAGAAAAUCUGACGAUUUUAAUUAAAUCAUGUCUUGUAUAAAAAAAUCUCUUUUGUUAAAUAAUUUGUAAUUUUUUAAAAAUUGUGUAAAUUGUUUUUGGCUAAUAAACGUAGAAUUUAGAAGCAGA